AUGGGCCAAAAACAAACAGCAGCAACGAGUCAUCAAGAGGAAACCCAUGACCAAAAAGUAGAAGAAUUUCUAUCGGAACAAGUUGCUGUUCAGUAUUUUGAAGUAAAUAAAUUUUUACUCAAUUUGAAAAAUCAAACAGAGCUGGAGAAAGCAUUACCUACUGAGCUCAUAUUCGAAAUUUUAACGUAUUUGGCUCCGAUUGAUUUAUGGAAACUUUCGUGUGCGAGUCAUAAUUUUAGGUUUUAUUGGACUGAACAUCCACAAUUGUGGUGCUCAUUGAAGCCUAACAAGGAGUGUAUUUAUGAAAUUUUGAAGCAAAACGAACGGUUGAAGAAAGAAAAAUCAAUGCGUUGGUUUUGGAGAAAUAUUUACUUUGAUAUUUUACAGUUGUACCUUUCUAUUCCGAAAAAUUUUAUUGAGUUUUGUGGGCUAUGUGAUAUUGGAAGAAUGUAUGGAGAAUAUAAUAGACCGAUCAAGAUUGGAUUCAUUGGUCCACCAGAAUGUGGUAAAAGUACAUUGACACAGUGUAUUGGAAAUUUGGAUUACAAAAUACCUGGAUAUUAUACUGCAACUAUUGGCGCUGAAUUUGUCACACAAUACUUGAAUUAUAAUCCAGUAGAAGCUGAUCCCUUUUGCGUUAAGCUUGAAAUUUGGGACCUUGCUGGAGGGGACAAAUUUGCAACCAUACGACAAGCUUACACACGAGGUCUCAAUUCUGCCUUUUUUUGUUUUGAUUUAGCCUCGAUAUCAAGCUUCAAAAAUAUGUCAAAGGAUUUGGAUGAGUUUGUUAAAAUCCGCAUCGGUGGGUGUGUUGGAAUAGAUAGCCCAUCAAUGAUACAUAGAAAAAUAUGUGAAAGCUACUGUGAAACUAUUUGCAUUUUGGGAUUGAAACGUGAUUUAGAGAAAGAGGUUUCAAAAGAAAUGAUCAUGCAACUCAUGGCAAAGGUUUCAGAUGUAUCUGUUCCUUAUUUGAAAAGAAGAGUUGCUUACUUCGAAAUUUCAUGUAAAACAGAUCGUAGAGAUAUCAGUUUUUUGUGUCCUCUAAUCUACGCUUGCUAUUCGCGCAUCAUGGACAGUGCUACAACUUAUCGCCACAAAUUGACCUUGCUAACCAAAGAAAACAUGGCUCAAUUUUCAAAUUAUGGAAUUUUGGAUUAA